GAUUUAUAGGAGACACUUUAAAAUGACUCCACUUCCUGAAGUAAAUGCUACUCGUGUAAUGAAUCACAAAUGCAGGAACUUAAAAGUAAUUGUUGUCAAUUUCUUUCAUUCAUUCAAAACAAAAAGCAUUUUGUUUUGUCCCCGGCAGCCCCACCCCCAUGAAAAGCAACACCAAAACAUGGCAUUAUCAAACAUUCAAACUUUUGCUUUCAAUUUCAAAGUUUCUACCAACCAAUUAUGUCUUCUCUGAAGCUCCAUCAAAAUAAAAUAAUGUGUUUCUUCUUAUCCAGCUCAGAGUGACGUGAAAAUGUCUCAGUCAGUUCCUCAAUAUUAUUUUAGAAGGGUUCAAUUAUGUAUGUGCAAAUAAAAAUUUAAAUUAAUUGCCGUUUAAUGGGUUGAAAUAUUUUAUUUUUUCACAUUUUGCCAUGUGCACCGUCACUGAGCAGAAACUCAAACUUUGCUGGCAGCUUUACCGUCGAACUACACCAUCAUUGACUUGUGACAAAACAGACUUUUGGUCUUCCCUGCAGUGAUGAAGCAGAUAUCCCCAAUAACUUAAAACAAAGGCAGCAGGAGUGCCGUCAUAAAAAACAAACCCAAAAAAAACCCCACAAAAAAAAAAAAACAUUUAAUCAUAUUAAAAGUGAAACAUUAACAGGCUGAAAAGUAUACAGUAAUCGCAAUCCUCUGUAUUUGUUCUGCUACCACCCACGCUGCCAACUACUAAACUUGUGUACUAUAUUUACUUUCCAUCAAUAAAGAGGAAAUGAGGGAGAUGUUAAAGAAGAUUUGAACGACAAGUGGAAACUUUACCUACAACCCAGUAAAGUUGCCACGUUGUGUUAAACCUUAAAAAAAUUAAUCCCAUGAUUUGCAAAUCACGUUCAACCUAUAUUUAAUGGAAUACACUGCAAAGACAAGAUAUUUAAUGUUCAUUCUGUUUACUCCAUCCAUUUUCUGAGCCGCUCAUCCUCACAAGGGUCGCAGGAGUGCCUAUCCCAGCCUAACCUUUCUUUGCCCCCAAGUUACUCAACGACUGGUGUAGUAACACCAGGAUCAUCGACGCCCGCUGCUCUCCUCAUUUAGCGGUUCUUGCAGUCUCGUGCAGACCUGCUAGCGGCAGCCAUUGUGAUUGUUGUUAGCGCAGCACUUAGCCAUCUGUUUACAACUGUAAACUAAACUAAAAUAAAGCUCGCCCACCCCGACGGAUCCGUUUAUUGUUGCUGAUGACUUCAAUCGAGCGUGUUUAAAGAGUUUUCUCCCCAAGUUCGUCCACUUUGUGAAGUCUACCACCGGAGGGGAUUAAACCCUGGAUCAUGUCUACUCCAACAUUAAACGCCCUUCUUCCUGGAUGGCCGAUUCCAUGUUUGCAUGUCCAUCACCGCCACAUUCACCCCCCCUACUAGAAGACAAACAAGGCCACAAACUAAGACAAUUACAGCAUGGCCUGAGAAUCCUCUUUCUCACCUGCAGGGCUGUUUUGUAACCAUCCGGUUGAGUCACUGCCGUUUUCUUUGGGUAAUCUUUUUUGGCUCCAUGUUAAGUGGGUUAAGUGAACCGUGUUGUAUGGGGGGUACACGAGGUGUACGUUAUUUCUUGCCUCCUGGAAUUUUUUUUCCAUCAUGUCAUUCUUUUUCUCUUUUUUUUUUAGCUUAUUUAUUCGACUUUAUUUUGUCACAACAGAUUAUGUUUGGGGGAUUUCUCGACAGGCCAAAGAUUCAACUAUUUGCAUACAAGCAAUUAAAAAGUAAGUACUAUUCAUUACUAUUGUCUUUUACCGCCCUUCUAAUGUCGAGGUCUAGCAAGGCGAUUCAAGGCAUGUGAUGCAGUACAUUUGUCAUUGUCAGCAUUUGGUGGCAACAGAAAUGUGUAAAAGACAGAUGACAUGCAGGCCUGCUCCUCUGUCACCAUUAUGUAGAACACGACCUCGAUGGAGAGGUUGUCUAAAACGUUUGAGGCACCUCACGAGAGGCGUGGUCCUCGUGUCCUCUCUUGCAAGCAGAUUUCCUCCCCUGACAGCAUGAACACAUCCUCUACGUAGUCAUGCACUUUAAAAUGGAUCAGCAGUGGAUCUGCAUCCUGGCAACGCUGUCGUUUUACAACAAGUUAACAGCAGGAGAUAGUAGCGAGCUUGUCAUCAAAGAUGGAUACAAGGUUGAAGUGAGAUGCAGGCCCUCUGACAUCGGCACCAUUGUCAUGUGGUUUCGAGUACUGGACAAAUCCGGCAUUGAGUUCCUGGCGUCUUACACCAAUAACGGCAUCAGGAAGUAUGUGAGCGGCUCCUUCUCGUCCCACUUCAGUGACCUACGAAUCCGUGAUGACAUCCUCAUUCUAAAGUCCUUCAGCAAAGGUCGUGACAGCGGCACUUACAGUUGCGCAACUCUUAAAAACAACGAACUUAAAUUCGGCCCGCUCAUCAGACUGACAGUUGAGGCUGCCUCCAAACCUACUGUGGCCCCCACUGCCAAAUUUCAGCCACCCUCAACCGCUUUACCGUGUGCCUGUGAGAAUCUUACAAAGCAAGGUGACUCCAUGUCGUGUAAUCCCAUUAUAGUUAUUCCACUAGCAGGCAGUUGUGGCAUACUUCUCCUAUUCAUCCUCAUUAUUGUGGUGUACUGCAACCGUGUGAGAACACGUAGGUGCCCGCAUCACUACAAAAAGAGGCCAAUGAAGAAAAUUGCUCGUGGAAAACAGCAACAACAGCAGCAGCAGCAACAACAGCACAAUUGAUCACUUUCCACAUUAUAAACAUUCGACUGUCGACAGCAUUUCUUCCAGAACAGUAGUUUUUCGAGUAAUCAUCAGGUCCAUUUUUACAAAUCCCUUCAGUAUAGUUAGUUCAGUUUUAGUGGCGACAAGACUUCAGUUUAUCUGUAAUAAAUUGAGAUACAUUAUUUCUUCUUAAAUCUCAAAUUAGUAGUAGGACGCAUGAGAAUAAUUUAUGCCCAUUAAAAAAUGAUGAGCAUGUAGACAGACAAAGAAUAUUUUAUUUUGGUAGGCUCAAUAUUUACUUAUCCAUAUCAUACAGAAUAUUCAAAUAUGGAUUUUGUAUUUUUUUUUACUUGAGAUUUCUCAAAAUAAAUGUUUGAAUACAUUUGUUGUACUCUUCACUUUUAAAAUUAAACUACCGCUUUUUAUAACCUUACUGUUUUUGAUUUACAAAUACCCAAUUAGUAUUAAAUUGGUAAGUUUAUUAUUUAUUA